AUGAUGAGUGCGUCCGAAGCCAGCACCCUGCAACCAAAUACUCCCGUCCAGGGCAGCCAUCCAGUUGCAAAUACCUCCAAGGUGCCUCUACUCGGCGAAGGAUUUCAAGAAUCGAAGCGUGUUGCUGUAUCACUAUCUACUGAAAACAGUGACCUCGAGCACAAGGGAACCAAUACUACGUCAGAGGGAGGAAAGCACGGGAAGCGCCGAUUGUUUGGCUUCGGAAAGAAGAAAGACGACGAUAGAAGCAAGGUCAAGGAGAAACUCGAACCAGCGUCGAAUAUGGAUAUUGGUAUUGCGCAGACUCAGAUGGCUGCGCCCGUCCCUCAGAGAGCUCCGUUGCAGAACACCUCCCGUCAACGGUCUAGUCAACACUACCCAGUACCCUCUUCUCCGCAAAGGAAUCCUUCUUCCUCUUCCCCUCGAGUCGUGUCACCGGCAGGCUCGCAGAUUUUCGAAAGAGAUGUACAAGAAAGUAGCACUCUAUCACCCAAUUCACCCGCUAUUCCAUCACACAUCCAGACGGAAAACCACAUACCACCAGUCCUAGAUGCCUCGUCUGAAGCUAUCACCAACAACAACCUGGACCCAGACUCUGUUGAAAUCGUCAUGCAUUCAUCUCAUCAGCCAGCAGCAGUCACUGUGACAGGUGUCGGGAGCAGUGAACCAACUGGCGGUAAUUGGGCCGAUGAUUUGGUUGCGCAUCCCGAUAAAGAUGAUGCUGCUUCCAAUUAUGGUGCAUUGGAUAGUGCAGACGUACGUCGACUCAGUUUCAUUUCAUUCUCUGAUAUCGUGCAAUCCGAACACGCAGAACAUACCGGUUGUAGAGACUCCAUCUACGUUGGUGGUCUCAAUACGCUAUCGUCAGGAGUCAGAUCGCCCUCGCCCGUACGAUCGCCAGUAUCGUCACAGGGAUUCAAUACUUCGCCUCCAACCAGCAAAUCAGCUUCGAUUAUGGGUGUAGACAUGUCACCUCGUUCGAAAGCUCUAGGAAGCCCAACCUCGAUGCAUGGGAAUGGAGAGUUGACAAUAGAAACAAUGGCUCAAACAAUCAGGAGAACUGGCAGCGGCGAUCUCAGCGGAGUCAGGAGUCAGCCACUGAGCCCAGCAAGUCCAGAUGGGUUCUCGGAUCGGGCAUUCCGUUAA